AACGGGAACGACAUUGGACCCGCCCCCGGCUCGCCAAUGGCUGGUUGGCGAUAAUUGACAGGGUGAACGGGAACGACAUAUCCGGUGAGAGUGGAGCAAGCAUGGCGCCGGGAGGCAAGAUCAACCGUCCUCGUACGGAGUUACAGAGGAAGCUUUUCAAGAGGCGACGGGUUGCCAGAAAAGCGAAGAGGAAGGCUAUAGUUGGCGCUGUGAUUGACGAGGGUCUGAUCACCAUCCAUCACCUGAAGAAGCGAUGUUCCAAUAAAAGAGCAAAUAUCACACUGUCUGGGAAGAAGAGGAGGAAACUGCAGAAACAGAUCCAGCACAGUCAGAGGGAGCGCUCCGCUAUGGAUGUUGAACCCAUUCUUCAAAGGACCAGGCAGGCGGUGGAGGUGAGGGAGAGAGGGGCGGAGCAGAAAGUGGAGCUGCUGGAUAUAGACAUGAAGGAGGAACAGUCGUAGAGCGGAGCGGUGAAUGUGUGAAAAGCACAAGGUAGAGCUGGCGGAGCCCUGGAGGCCUUGGGGUGUGGAACCAGACUGAUCUGCGUCUCUGACCAAACCACUACCAUCAACCGUAAUGAAGAGACAGUUGUUAAUAGCACCCAGUUCCAGUGCAGCUCCUGUACGGAGUGGCCCAUCAGCAGUGUGGUGUGAAAUAAUACUGAUUACAGGCAAUAUAGUGCAAAGUGCAAACAUGAAAUAAAAGAAAAAGUGUUCGUUCAAAGCCAA